UCGCGUCCCUGAAGCAGGAGAAAAGCUUCCUGAAUUGUUUCUUCAUCCUGAGUUGUUUCUUCCUUCAAUUACUUCCUUUUACAUCGACUUCGAAACAUGGUGUCUGCGACGAGAAACUCCGGCGACAUUGAAAAACCUGGCAAUGUACCAACAUCCUUCGGUGCAGAGGAAAAACCCGUGUCCAACUGGAAGAAGCCUUACCAGUUCUACCUGGCCUCUUUGUCGCUAUGGCUCGCCGUUCUAAUCGUCUCACUUGACUCGACAGGAUUGGCUGUCGCAAUUCCGGUCAUGACGACGCAGCUCGGUGGAACGACCCUCGAAGCCUUCUGGGCCAGCAUCUCCUUCAUGCUUGCUGUGACCGUAGUCCAGCCCAUUUACGUGACGACGUCAGAUGUCCUCGGCCGGCGCAUUCCGCUCUUUGUAGCACUGGGGUUUUUCUUCGUCGGGGCCAUUGUUUUUGCUGUAGCAGAAAACAUGGCUACUGUGAUCGCCGGGAGAGUGCUUCAAGGGUUUGGCGGCGGUGGCCUUGACGUGUUGAGUGAAGUCAUUGUUACGGACAUGACCACGAUGAAAGAGCGCCCACUUUGGAUAGGAUUACUUUCUUUCCCAAUGGCGGUUGGAAGUAUUCUCGGGCCCAUCAUCGGUGCCCUCUUCAGUGAGUAUGCCACAUGGCGCUGGCUGGGGUGGUACAAUCUCCCCAUCAUAGGUAUCACUGCUCCGUUGGCAUUCUUCUUCAUGCAAUUGAAGCCACUCGAGGACUCGCUUGCGUCAAAACUUCGACGAUUGGAUUGGUUGGGUAUGUUGCUUUUCGCCAUUGGUGCCAUCCUCUUCUCGGUACCAUUGAGUUGGGCGGGUGCCAUGUACCCGUGGGGGUCGUGGCAGACACUCGUGCCAUUCAUCAUCGGGAUCUUGUUCCUAAUCGGCUUCGCUAUCUACGAGAAAUGGCCUACGGAGCCCGUCUUCCCUCAUCGCAUUUUCGGAAAUAUCACGGCACAGACCACCCUCGUCGGCGCCUUUAUCCACGGCGCCAUACUGUACGCGUUACUACUCUACCUUCCACUGUAUUUCCAAGCAGUCUUCGUCGAAACACCUCUUCAAGCUGCCGUUCACAUUCUACCACUUUGCGUCUUUGUGGUCGUGCUGAGCGGCGCCGCGGCCUUUGCAGUUGAAGCCUCACGAAUGUACCGCUGGGAAAUCUGGGUGGGUUGGAUCUUGCUCGCCGUGGGUAUAGGUCUCAUGUCACUCUGGGACCGAAAUACGUCAACCGCAGAAACCGCUGGCUUCCAGGUUCUUGCUGGCACCGGCUUAGGUAUACUAUUCACAGUGCCGACAAUCGCCAUGCAAGCAAGUGCUCCAACGGUCGAUGACCAAGGCCUUGCGAUUGGUGUACUUGUGUCUUUCCGCCUUUUUGGAGGCCUUGUUGGUCUUGCUGUCGGUGCAACGGCUUUCACUAGUACUUUUGAGAGCGCAAUAGCAUCGCUUGGGAGCCUACCCGAAUCCGUGGCCAUUCUGAAAGAGUCUGCAAGUGCAGUAGCAUUCAUCCCCCGUCUCAGAGAAGUCACGUUGCCGCAGGGCCUAAUGGACGCGAUCAUUAAUGCUUACGGUGACUCGUUGCGGAAUAUCUGGUAUGUCCUAGCCGCCUUCGCCGCUAUUGCCGGUAUCGCAUCAGUCUUCUUGAAGGAGCUUUCUCUUGAGAGCGAAGAGGUUGGCAGGCAGAAUUGGGAAGUAAAGGAGGAAACGAGCUAAGGCAGAGAUAAUGACUAAGCUAUCAGCUAUAUAUAUAUAGAGCUAGUUAAACUAUACAGUGCCU